AUGCUUCUCACAGGCGGCUUCAUGCCCUAUUUGCCAAAUUACAUCUUCAAUUUUUUUGGGUUUCGAUGCUUACCUUGUGGGAUUCCGGUUUUGCAAUUUUGGAUCGUCCCUAGUAGUGCUUCUUCAUUGGUCGAGACCGGUUUCUUAGGAUGUGAUUCGGUGGACAAAUAUGGAGUUUUCGAUUUUGGGUUUUUCUUAUUUGUGGCCUACUAUACUCCUCGGCACUCGUGUUUGCACGGGUGGGUCGGCAUUUAUUUGACACGCAUCAACCGUCCAUUCUUUCCUCUUCCGUCUAAACUCUACACCCCCACCUCACCACCAUCCACCACCCAUAUAACACCAACACCACCACCCUACCACCACAAUUCUUCACCUUCAACGUUCAAUCCUUUCAUUCAAUCUGGGUUUACUCGAUCUUGA